AUGUCUCCAUGCUUCUUACCUGUGCUAUUAAAAAUGACUCAAAAGAUGCGCGAAGAGGUGGUGGCACUGCUGAUGGUGCUGUCUUAUUGCAGCGCUGCGGGGCCGGACCCAGAGUGGGUGGGUUCCAUCUACAGCCCCCAGAGAUGGGACCCCAACCACCUCCCGGCCGCCAAAGAGAUCUCCGGCCAGUGCAGGUCCUCCAUGAAGCUCUACAUCAACGCGCUUCACAACGGCACGCUCUGGGCUGCCAAAGGGAUUCUUGCUGAUAAGCUUAGACACCAUAACGUGAAGACAGAGAUGAGAAGUCUACAAGGAAACCUGUGGGAGGUUGUCAGCAGCGCACGUUCCUGGAGUCAGGCGUGCUCGGCUUACAACUCCGUGACUGGAGCUACAUUUUGCUGGAGCUGGAGGCCAGUGUUCCAUUUCCAAGCUUGCACUUACGGCCGAGGCUGACCUAAUCCCGGUAAUGCACUCUUGAAGGUUGACGACGGAUCAGAAGUAAAAACAAGAUCUAUAGUUUUACUGGCAGAUUAAAAGAUUAAAUAAAGAUGAAAAUAUA